CCAUUACAUGAUAGAUUGGAAGAUGAAGUUUUCUUUUAAAUAAUAGCAAAAUCGAAUUAUUGGAAAGAGCAGUUGGAAUCCCAGGGUUGGAAUUGAGGAUUAUACUUUCACAAAUAUAAGAUAAAGAGGGACUCUGUAUAUGCUAAAUCAGAAUGGAAACCCGUGAAAAGUCAAGAUGAAAUGUUUAACAUUAACCCGCACUUUGUAUUAUAUGAUACAUAACAACCGUUUUCAUUAUUCAUUCAUAAAGCCUCAAAUAUGUGAACUGUUUUAUAUCGGGGACCAUCCAAGUGAAACGUGUUGAACAAAAAUAGAAGUAAACGCCUAACAGGAUAUUGAUAUGAGAUGCCUUAUAUUUCGCCAUCGAUUGUGUUUGGUUGAGCUAAUUAGGAGUCCUUAGGAGGCGUCCAAAGGACCAAGAUGGUAUGGGUUCGAAAGCCAAGGACGUACGUGUCCCCGGGUCAGCCAAGACUGCAGAAAAGAUUGCCACAAUCUCAGCAAGCAGCACGUCUACCUACUCAGCCACAUAAUCCAGUUCCUCAUGCUCGGCGACAAAUACCCAAAACUCACGAUUAUGUCAACAUACGUCCACAGUCAUAUGAUGCAACCAGGCAAAGACCUAAUCCUGAAAAGUUACCAACUGCACCUAAGGUUCGUCCGAAUCCUGAGACGAAGGACCAUUAUUUUGAAAAAUGGACACGAUUCAGAACGAAAAUGAACAAAGGACUUAUCGAAAUGAUACGCAAUCCUAAACUAAAGAAACGCCUGGACAAUGGUGCCGUUCCUUUCUUCCGCGUAGAUAGUAGAACAUGUCACUACGCUUUGGAUCACGCUACACAAGAAUAUAUAGAAGGCCGCAAAGUGUCGGCCAACCUCCCCGCUGAGACGUUCGUAGAAUUUGGGAUACCAAGAGCAAAGUUUGUUCGAAAUUGGGACGGUUGGUCCGAACCCAAACCCAGGUCUCCAAGGUAUAUGACCAAGAGGGCUGAAUCUUGGUCGGAUAGACAUAUUAACAAUCUAGAAUCAGUAACCAAGAGUGAGUCGUGGUCGGAUUUGAACAGCAACACUAGAUAUGGAAGACGAUCAAGAGCCGAAUCGACUCAACCAAGAAUCUUAGAAAGGACCGAUUGGGAUGAAUAUGGUAGUAGUGAAGAUGACUUUGUAUCUGUUCCGAAAGAGGAUGAUCAUAUUCGAGUAACGCAGUCACAAAGCUUUAGGUCGCCAUAUCCAAAGUACGGCUCGCUAAUUAGGGAGCCCUCAUUUGAUCAAGUUGAUCUUAAUAGUCCUCCAAUGAGUAACAGUGAUUCUAAAGAUGAUGACAUAUCUAAUGUUAACGGAGCGCCAACAGACUUUGAAGCAUUGUCUUUCUACCGUGCUACUGGCAAAAACGAGUUCCUUAAACCAAAGAAACGCCAGGCUCCUCUUCCUCCGAUAGCGCCACCUCCCCCACCUUUGCCACCUCUUCCCGAGUCAUUGCCGCCCCUUCUAUCGCCUAUUUCUGGGGUAAAGGAUUUAUCCGAUGUCUCCACAACACUGAGAGAUCGCAGUCGCUACACUGGAGAUAGUUUAAUCCCGGCAUUCACGCGAAAUAAUCACGAUGGGUCAUUGGGAGGGAAGAGACCUUCUAUAGAUCUUGACUCAACAACCAGAUUCAAGUUACGGAGUUGGAGCGGAGGGGUAAGCAACUCGUACACACGAGAUCCAACGUCUUCAUACAAUAGAACAGAAGUCACGGGUAAUAAACGGGAUACGACCCCUAUGGAAAAACACCACGGUGAUAAUACGCCCAGGGUGUCUCAGAAAUCCCUAGGGCCCGGUGACUUUAGGAUACGUAAUACGAAUCCCACGUUGUAUAUGGUGGACGGGGAUGAAAGCUCCGAGUCGGACACUGAUAUCCUUUAUUAACAGUGAUUGGAUUCAACGGGAGUGCAAUUGU